CGCAGCAGCGUGGAGCCCGGGAAUUGAGCGCCCCCGGGGGGUUCCAGCCGCCGGAUUCCAGCCCGGCCGGGGCCUGCGGGCUCCCAAAGCCGCGCCGUCCGCGCCGUUCGUCCCGGUUGGAGGGACUCCAUGACACAUACUCGGAGGAAGUCCCUUCCCAUGCUGAGUUCCAGCCCCACCGGCCACCGGGAGCCCCUGCAGAUGGAAGACAGCAAUAGGAAACAGGGGCCUGAGGGUGUGGAGCCAGGCAUGCCCGAGAGUCCUGGGCACCUCACAGGGCGCCGCAAGAACUACCCACUACGCAAGCGCUCCCUGGUUCCUGAGAAGCCCAAAGCCUGCAAAGUGCUGCUGACUCGCCUGGAAAACGUGGCUGGUCCGUGCAGCGCUGAUGAGGCUGAUGAGCUGCCCCCUGAUCUGCCCAAGACCCCCAGCCCUGCCCCGUCCAGUGAGGACAUUGGUCUUGUUCAACCCCGCAAGCGGCGUCUGGCCUCCCUUAAUGCAGAGGCUCUAAAUAACCUGCUGCUGGAGCGAGAGGACACCAGUAGCCUGUCGGGCAGCCGCCGUAGCCGAGGAGGAGACCCCCAUCGGAGCCGUGACCGGGCCACUGGGGGUUGGUCCUCCAAGAAGCGACCUCGGCUGGGAGAGUUCAGAGAAGGAAGUCGGGACCUGUCUCCAGAGCCAACUCCAGAUGAAGGUGCCCGCCGCAACGGAGACCCAGCUCCCAAGAGACUGGCUAGCCUGAAUGCAGCUGCCUUCUUGAAACUCAGCCAGGAGAGAGAGCUACCCCUCCGACCUCCUCGUGCCCAUGCAGAAGCCGAUGGGAGCGCCACUGAGCCCUUGGCGCCGAAGGUCCCACGGCCAAAAUGGGCCAAGGUCAAUGGCAAGAAUUACCCCAAGGCCCAGCAGGGAGCUGGCUCUGGGGAGGCUACAGGGCCCCCCAGCUGGCAAGAGCACCCUGAUGAGCCCUGGCCAUCUGGUACUUCUGGUGAGCCAUCCCUCCAGCCACCUUACCAGCCCCUGAGCAAAGCUCUGGAGAGCCCUUUGGAGCUGCGCCCCCACCUGCCUUUGCUCAUGGGCGGGCAGGCAGCCCUGAAGCCAGAGCCCGGACGUCCAGGAGAGGAGUCACCUGCUCCCAAGCAGGAACUGCAUCAGCCCUCUUUCCCUGUACCUCAGCUGUCUCCACUGCCGAUGCCUGGCAACCCUGCCGACGUGAGUGGCCUGUGUGCAGGGCCUGAGCUCACUGCACUCGGCAGCUUCUACCUGUACUGCGGCCAAGAGGGACUGCAGUGUGGGGGCUAUGCUCCUUGCCCCAUGCUUCCAGAAGGCAAGCUGUCUCCAGUGGCUGCCCCUAAUGAGGGGCUCCUCAUGGCCCCCAGCUCAGUGCCCUCAGGCAUCCCUUUCCAGCAUCCUCCCUGGAGUUCAUCUCACUACUGCUCCAGCGAGGAUACGGGAGUGAAUGGCUACAGCAUCUGUGGAGUGUUGCCCCUGUCUCUCACCCACAUUGGAACUACCUGUGGCGGCUGCCCCUACAAAAUGCCUUUUGCAGCAGAAGGCUGCAGGUCCCUGGGUCAGCUGGAAUUUCCUCUUCCAGAAGCUGGCCACCCAGCCUCACCUGCCCACCCCCUCCUGGGGUGCCCUGUGCCCAGUGUGCCACCUGCAGCAGAGCCAGUCCCCCAUCUUCAGACACCCACCUCGGAGCCCCAGACGGUAGCCCGGGCAUGCCCUCAGAGUGCCAAGCCUCCUAGUGGCUCCAAAUCAGGUCUGCGCACAGGCUCCAGCUGCAAGCACACUGUGAGAAGCAAGGCUGCCCGCAGGCCCAGCCACCCCAAGCAGCCACGGGCACAGCGCCCUCGCCCCCGCCGCCGCCGCCGCCGCCGCACUAAUGGCUGGGUGCCUGUAGGAGCCGCCUGCGAGAAGGCAGUCUACGUCUUGGAUGAGCCAGAACCAGCCAUCCGAAAGAGCUACCAGGCGGUAGAGCGACAUGGAGAGACAAUCCGAGUGCGCGACACUGUUCUCCUCAAGUCAGGCCCGAGAAAGACGUCUACUCCUUAUGUGGCCAAGAUCUCUGCCCUCUGGGAGAAUCCCGAGUCAGGGGAGCUGAUGAUGAGUCUCCUGUGGUACUACAGGCCUGAGCACCUGCAGGGAGGCCGCAGCCCCAGCAUGCAUGAGCCUUUGCAGAAUGAAGUUUUUGCAUCACGUCAUCAGGACCAGAACAGUGUGGCCUGUAUCGAGGAGAAGUGCUAUGUGCUAACCUUUGCUGAAUACUGCAGAUUUUGUGCCAUGGCCAAGCGCCGGGGUGAGGGCCUUCCCAGCCGCAAGACAGCCCUGGUACCCCCGUCUGCAGACUACUCCACCCCGCCACACCGCACAGUGCCCGAGGACACGGACCCUGAGCUGGUGUUCCUUUGCCGCCAUGUUUAUGACUUCCGCCAUGGCCGCAUCCUCAAGAACCCCCAGUAGCCUCCCAAGCUCACACUGGGACUGCCCAUGGGCGGCAGGUGGGGCCCAGGGCAGAGGGCACUGCUUGAAGCACAGCACUUGGUUAAGGGGCCACAGGUUGCUGGUCUGUGGCUCUCUUGGGGGGUGGGGGGCAAGGGUCCCUCUGGGUCUGGGCUCUGUGGGAGGAAGGGGAGGCCAGGAUACGACAAAGACAACAGAGCCCUCCGCUUGGCCUGGAGUGCCCAUCCGCGUACCCCUGGGUGGAACCUCCUGAGGAAUCAGUUUUCCCUAAGGCUGAGCCAAGCCUGAGGGACAUGGGCCAAGAAGGGGCAGGGAAAAAGAGAAGAGGUAAGGUCCUUCCAGAACAAGGCCCACCACGGCCUUUCCCUUGCCUCCCCGAGGCUUUCCAAGGGGAACAGGAGCCAGCUUUACCUCACCCACUGUGACCCGCUGCUUCCCUAUCAGCCUGGGACCAGGCUCUCCAGGUUACUAGCACAGCUCUGAGCUUGUUCCUCUGAGGCAGAGAGCCAGACUCUGGCUUCCAGAGCAUUGACUUCCUCUUCCUAGACUUGGGGCUUUUCCCUAGCUUUCCUCCUUUGCCCUUGCAGUAGCCACUGGUGCUGGCACAAAUUGACCUGGCCCUUGUAGUCAUAGGUGUGACCCACAUGUGGGAGUCGGCCUCCUGUCUACUUCCCAUUGAGGGAUACCCAGCAGGUCUGGCUGCUCAGAAAAUUAACUGGUCAUCAUGGAGUUUUAUCAUGCCUGGGAGGGUAGAUGGGUGUUGGGCGACAGUGGAGGGCAGGGGGCAAGGAAAAUUGCUACCUGAUUUGUUGAAGAUUUUUCCUCUUGCCUUAUACUUGGAGGUUCUGGGAAACCUCUUGCAGAACUUCACACAAUACUCUAAGCCACACCCACCCGAAAUCAAACCAAAGGAGUGCUGUGGCUCCCCGUGCCCUGCCACCCCUACCCCUAGUCUUUUGUAGAUUGCACUAAUUUACAUCCCAGCAAGAAUCAACACUGUAUCAGUCCACAGACCUGCUGAGCUGCAGCCACUGCUCUAGGAGCUAGGGACCUGCAUUUUCAGUUCGUUCCUGUUGCCCAGAGACUGUUCUCAUCUCAUGCUGCCCCCCAGAGUAGGUUAAGAUUAGGAGGCUCAUCCCCCUGUUGUCCUUGCCGGGACUGGGCCUGGACUGUCUAAGGGACUGGAGGCCUGAUUAUUUCCUGUUUGUACCAAAGAGGAGCAUGGGGAAGGGAGGUGCAGUGUGACUGAGCCUGUUAGCUGAGCACUUCCACUAGGGCAUGCCCUGGGGCAGGAGCCAAGGAAGGCAGCACUGGGACCUCCUUUAGGGGGAGGAAGAUACGCCCAGCAGGCUGAGGAGGUGGCACUGGAUGAGGACAGUUUGACUUAGGCUACUGUGGAAAGUGGAAAUGAGUCCUUGGGGUACCACCCUGGCAACCUCAGGUCCCUGUCUUGACCCUUAAAAGAUGGGUUGCUUGUAACUGCUCAUUGGACUGGGUGAGGCCUGGUGGCUUCAGGUAGGAAUUUGUGCUUUGGAAGCCUGAUCCCAAACUUGAGGCCGUCUUGUAUUGAAUAAGCUGGAAGAAGGCAUCAGUCUAGGCAGGCAGGCAGUAAGAGGUUGGCAGAGUGGCCGUGGAGCCCUGGAGAGCCAGCUUUGGAGCCUGCUUGUUCCCAGGAUGCUGCCAAGGAGCCCAACCUCACCUAAGGAGAGGCGAGAAGGCCCUCCUCCCAGGAGGCAGGGCUUGCUACCCGGAACUUCAAUGCUUUUGAAAUCUCUUAGAUGUGGAAAUAUUUUUUCGAACCUGAAAAUGCAGCUGGUAGAAUUUCGAUGGAAGCAUAAUCCAUGUAAAAUAUAUUUUAGUUGAUAUUUUGUAAAAUGCACUUUUUGUGUGUGUCGAUCCUGGUUUCCCAGAUCUGUAUUUCAGUGUUUACAAGGGAGAGGGGGUACCCUUCCUCGCCUCCCUUUUGACAGAGAUUAGAAGUACUUCUUUAAGAAAAAAAAAAAUAAAUUUGAGAAGUUGUAUUGAUUUAGAAAAGUA